AUGCAAGCCAAGAAGAUCAAAUACGACGUCAUCGGACUGACCGAGACGAGACGAUGUCACCCUCUCAACACCGUAUAUGAAACUGGAGAAGAACUGUUCUUAGGAACAUGCGACAGUAGAGGUGUUGGUGGAGUUGGCGUCCUCGUCAACACGAGUAUGGCAAAGAACACCGACUCUUUCGAACAUUUUACGAGCCGAAUCGGACGUCUGCGGAUGAGAAGAUGUGGUCCAACACCAGCUUUGACUAUCUUCGUCGCUUACGCUCCAACAUCAAGCUGCGAAGAAGUCGAAACUUUCUAUAUGGAAAUGGAGAAGUUCUACCGAGAAGAUCAUGCUUUCUACAAGGUCAUAAUUGGCGAUUUCAACGCCAAAGUUGGCCCAAGAAGAACGCCGGAGGAACUUCACAUCGGGACCCACGGCCUACAAUGGAAUGACCAGGGGGAGAGGCUCUCCGAGUUCAUCAUGACGACUAAGACCAUCCAUGGGAACUCGCAAUUCCAGAAGCCCUCCUCUCUACGCUGGACGUGGGAGUCACCCGGUGGAGGGUAUCGUAAUGAAAUAGACCACAUCAUCGUUAAUAAAAGGUUCUGCCUGACGGACGUCGCUGUUGUACCAAAGUUCUAUACGGGAUCGGACCAUCGCCUCCUCCGAGGAAGAUUUUCCUUCACAAGGAGAGCAGAGAAAGCCGCCAAGUUCAGAGAGAGAAAUCCCAGGACUACCAUCAACUGGGAUCUCUUCGCUACGCUAGCCCUCUUUUGGGAAGAUUCCGCAAUGGACAACAUCGACGAGGAAUAUGACCGGCUUGUCGAACACCUUCACGACUGCGCGAAGAAGGCUGAGAGUUUUAAAACCACCAAGAGGCGUCUGUCUCUUGAAACUCUUGAGCUGAUACGCCAGCGUGGAGCAGCACGAGCCGCAGGGAACCAAGAACUCACGUCCGAGCUCGCAAGGCUUUGCAGAGAGGUGAUAAAGGAGGACCUUAAAGAGAGAAGAGCAGAAGUGCUGGCUGAAGCUGCAGAGGCGGGGAAAAACAUCAGCUAUGCCCAUCGAGACUUCGCCGGUCGCAAGACAAGGAUGACUGCUCUCCGAACCCAAAGGGAAGAGCCAUUGCAUCGAGAAGGGAGAUGGAGAAAAUCAUCUACGACUUCUACUCUGAUCUCUUCGACAGCCAUGUUCUUACUUACCUCCUCACCAUCUGAGGGAAGAUGGACAAGUCAUUCCAGAGGUUCUCCCGUCCGAAAUACGACAUGCUAUCAUAGCCUUCCGCCAGUACUCAUCAACACCCUGGCGAGGCUCUUUACACGUUAUCUGUCGGAAUGCAAGGUUCCUAAACAGUGGAAGACCAGCAAGACCGUGUUGCUGUAUAAAAAGGGAGAUCCACAUGACAUCGGCAACUAUCGUCCAAUCUGCCUACUGUCCGUCAUCUACAAGCUCUUUACAAGAGUAAUCCUUAAUAGAAUUGAAAAAGUUUUGGAUGAAGGACAGCCAUGCGAGCAAGCAGGGUUUCGAAAAGGAUUCAGCGCGAUUGACCACAUUCACACUGUUUCGAAACUCAUCGAGGUAUCACGAGAGUACAAGAUACCGCUCUGUCUCACCUUCAUCGACUUAAAGAAGGUCUUCGACUCAGUUGAGACGGAAGCGGUCGUGGAAGCCUUGGACAAUCAAGGCGUCCCUACUCAGUACAUAAAGAGGGGGGUCCGACAGGGUGACACAAUUUCACCCAAAAUAUUCACAGCCGCCCUCGAGAACGCAAUGCGAAAGUUGGAAUGGGACGACAUGGGAGUGAAGGUCGAUAUUCGGCAGCUACACCAUUUGCGCUUUGCUGAUGACAUCGUACUGAUAACACCUAGCAUCAGCCAAGCGGAACGAAUGCUGACCGAAUUCGACGAAACAUGUGGAUGCAUCGGUCUUCAGCUGAAUCUACAAAAGACGAUGUUCAUGUGGAACGGAUGGGUCUCGGAUGCCCCAUUCACGCUCAACGGAACGAACAUAUCCGAAUGCACCAGCUACGUUUAUCUGGGUCGGGAACUAAACAUGAUGAACGACCUGACCUCCGAGCUGGGCAGGAGGAGACGAGCGGCUUGGGGAGCGUACAAGAGCAUCGAGAAUGUAGUGAAGAAGACCAGGAACACCCGGCUCCGUGCUCUCCUCUUCAACACCACCGUACUUCCUGUUUUGACCUAUGCUUCGGAAACCUAG